AUGAGCUUCGUGAAGAUCGAGGAGCUCUUUACAGGGAAUGGGGACGUGAAAGAGCUAGCGGCACUGCUUGAACAAGGCGCUCGAAUCAACGAUACCGACAAAGAAGGAUACGCAGCACUCCAAGCUGCAGUGAAAAAGGGUUGUGAUGACUGCGUGGUGUUCUUGCUGGAGAGAGGAGCUGACGUUAACCAGAGAGAUUCCGACGGCUUCAGUGCACUACACGAAGCUGCUUUCUUCGGCCACGACAACAUUGCACGGAUCCUGCUACGACACGGAGCCGACAAGACCUACACCAACUCGGAAGGCGCCACCGCAUUGGACUUGGCGGUGCGUCAUGGCAACGGGGUGAUAGCUCACAUGCUCGCAGAUGGCCAUUCCGCCGAUCGAGGGUUCUACUAG